CAGCUCGUGCCAGCUAUCGACCCUCGGAGCACUGUCGACACUGGUAAUUGGGUCCUGGCUGUGAGUGAGUGAGCUUCUUCUCAUUUCGAGCAUCUGCGCCCGCCUAACGAUGUGAAAUCUUGACCAAACGCUGCCCACCUAUCCUCCUGGCCAUCAGCAUUCCAUCGCCAUGUCCGAGUCUGCGGUAGCCGAGACCUCAUAUUUCCACACUCUCACCGCGCGGCCCUACUUCUUUCCCCUGGAAACUCGCGACAAGCGACUCGCAGACGUGAUCUCGCGCCUGACAAAGCUGCCCGCCGAAAUCCGAUGGGACGUCUUUGCACACGCUUUCCAUGGCAAUCGGGUUGCCGUAACCGCAAAGUCGGGCUGUUACUGCUUCUCCGAUGCGACGGGCCCCUAUCGUGCGGACCACCAGUGGCUGCUGAAGUCUGCGCCGCCGGGACAAGUGCGGCGUGAGGCACAGCGUGUCUUCAUCCAGAUCGCCAUGUGGGAGCUUCAUUGUCACCAAGCGCUGCACUCGUUCGUGAACAGGAUGAAAGCCUUACACAGUUUGGACGACGUCCGCCACGUGCGGCUGAAUGUCUUUGAACUCGAGUCAACAUGGGAACUCAACCUGGACAAAUUUCCCAAUCUGCGGUCAGCGACGUUCGCACCCAACCCCAAGGGCUGGACUAUCACUAUUCCGCACCAAGCAGACUCCGAACAGCUCUCGGAUGCGAAUGUUAUGUUGAAUGUAUGGCGUGUUCUGGAAUCGAGGGAUGGAUACGGUCCAGUUAAAGAGGCGUUCAAGCAGAAGACGCGCCCCUAUAGCAUGUUCUUCGUCUUCCCGAUACGGUUCCACUUACCCGAAACAUCACAGGAUGGAUCUCCACGAUGGCAGUUGAGCGUCUGGCGAGCCAAUCUGGACACCGGAACUAUCGAGCGGAACUGGCGGGAGGUUCACCUUGUUCAGGAAGCAACGCUGGAUUAAGACGUGUGUUUCAGCGAUUCUUUUUUUUGGAGUGGGCGAACGGGGAGUCAUCAGAUUUCGUGCUGAAGUGGCCCAAAUCAUCUGCGUGCUUUUGUUUGAGUAGAGUUUGCCCGGAUCUAAAGCGUCAAGAACCAUUACUAUUACCUCUACCAGA